UCUAUCACAUUGAAGAGGUCGAUACCUUUUUCUGUAUAUAUAUUGAGGCAGCAUUUGUAGGGUAUCAUGAGGCCAGCAAAUAGGUGAAUUCUAAUUAUCCGUGUGUUCUCAAAUGAAAUUCGUCUUCAAUUCUACUUUUUCGCUUUUCCAUCCACACUCUUCCUAUUCGAUGCUUAAAAGCGAAAAAUCUUAUUUCUACGGUAAAAUCUUGUCCUCCAAUCCAGAGCUCAAUGUCACUUCUAUUGACGAUGUAACUUUGCGACAUUGGAUUACUAUUGCUCUGGAUCAAGAAUUUGGUGUCUUUGGCUCUGCAGCUGCUGUUGAGAUCCUUCAUAGAGACAAAGAGACUUUUAUUUUGUCGUGUCAUAAAAAUGAUCAAGCAAAACUCUGGUCAUGCUUAGGAUCUUUCAUUAAUCAAAAAGAGGGUGUUCGUCUACAAAUUAUACAAGUGUCGAACUUCUUGUCGUCGUUCGCUUUUGCCUAGUUGCCAAACCGAAAAAAAGGCUAAAAUACCACUUCAUCAUGUCCUUUCUUCUUUUCUUAUCAACUCUAUAGAUGUAUGUUCUUUAUUUACUGUUUUCACAUGUUUCUUUUUGAAUGUGCCUUUUGCGUUCGUCCUUCUUGUUUUCGCGACGCGUUUUUCAUUUAACCUUAAUUUUUCGCGUCCAACCUUCGACGCUAGUAAAGUGCGCUGUCCUCCACACCACGGCCCUUAGGAACUUCUUUCCUUUACCAGCAACGUUGGCUGCUCUUGUCGAUGAAUU